AGGCUGCGCUAUGAGGAAGGCGGUGCACAAAUUUACAAUAAAUAUUGUGAAACAUGGCAUCAUGUGUUGAACGGGAGGAUGAUAUUUCGUGUCUCCGUCAGCAGCUUACUGUUGCCAGAAAUGAGAUUAAUAAUUUAAGGCAGCAGAUACGCUCACUGAGUAUUUUACAAAGGAAGGAAGUUGACAAUAUUCAUAAUGUAUUGGAAACAUGGCAGUGCAGUGGUUGUAGGGAGGCGACAUCACAAAGCAAUGUGCCAGAUGAUAGCUUAACAUUACACCCAAUUGGUACCAUCUCUACUUGGUUUCCAGCCAAAAGAGGAACACCCCGACAGCCUGGUAUUUGUGCAAGCAGCCGAGGGAAACUAACACUUUCUAAUACAGUCUUCACAAAUCCUGAACAUGCCCUAGAAGGAUUGGAAGAAUUCUCACAUAUGUGGAUUCUCUUCCAUUUCCACAAAAAUGACUCUACUCACAUCAGAGCAAAAGUAUCACCUCCCAGACUGAACGGAGCACGUUUAGGGGUUUUUGGGACUCGUUCACCACAUCGACCUUGUCCAGUUGGGCUCUCUCUUGUCUGCAUUGACCGUGUUGAAGGCUCGUCCGUUUAUUUCUCAGGAGUAGAUAUGGUGGAUGGGACACCAGUAUUGGACAUAAAACCAUACAUUCCACAGUAUGACUGCCCUCUAGAGUCUGUGCCUGGCAGCACUGAACUGCGGUUGAUGGAUGGUUUGAAAUUCAGUCGCGAGAAGAAUGUAGAUGCGGCGGUCGAACGGCAACGACAAGUACUUGUCAGGCGAUCCAUGGAAGUUUUAGUGAAAGUGUAUGGAAGAACCAUGGAGCUUCUAUGUUAUUCUGUGCUAAUUGCAUCAGGGACGAUUGUUAUAAUAACAAGAACAGGCUGUGAAAGUGAAGCAGAUACAUCGUUAAUGGUACCAGAAGGAGCUGCAGACAGUAUUUCAGUUGUGUUCCCGUCACACACUGAACGUAUGGUAGCAGAGGGGGUAACUGCUCCAGCUCCCACGGCACGAAUGGGAGAGAGAGAGGCUCCAGAUGGAGAAGAAGAAACAGCAGAUUCUUCUCAAUCAGCUGGCAGGAUGGCUGCAAGGGAUGUAGUGCGUGUUCCACAGUGGGUCACCCAUUCACCAACUCCAGAACUGAACGUAGCUUUCAGUGAAAGAGCCCGUGCUCAGUUGGAGAGCUUAGCAGCAGAAACUGGUUCUGAUGGGACAGGAGCCACAGCAGAAACGAUUGCAGCAGUGCUGCGGGAGGAUCCUCGCUCUGUGUAUCUACGUCGGCGUUGGGGAAGCCAAUUCUACACUUUCCUUAUAGCAGAUCUCCAUGUGAGUUGUAAAUUUGAUGAUUCAGCGCAUACAGUGAAUGUUUUCCAGGUGCGUCCAGCAGGGAAAAUGUGUGAAUGUGGCCAUCUCGAAUGGCAAUGCAGUUUACAUGGCACAACCUCAGAAUAGACACUAUCUUCUUCUGAUUGGACAAGAUGUGAAAAGGCUGUACAGGUGCAAUGUAACUCAUUAGUUUAAACUGAAUUGUGCUUCCUAUUGACUACAGAGCUCUUUCUUAUAUUGUUUUCUGGUAAGCAGCCUGGGCAAUUGUGUUUUAAGAGUAUUGUUGCACAUGUGUGCCGAUUUGACCUUCACUGUGGAAUGCCAUGUAUUUGCCAAACACAACAACAUUGCUGUUGUGCUUCUGCGGUACAGACACAAAUUUAAUGAAGUAGUUGGACUUUUAAUUUAUUAUUGAAGAUUAUCUUCAAAGGCGUAAGAACUUUGCACUUCUGUAAAAAUACGGCACUGUUGUAAACUAUGUAAAAAGAUUAUGGAAUCAGAUAAAUAUUAAAUAUGUUGAUUAUGCAAUUA